AUGGACGCUUCUAAAAUCUUUGAGCCGAACGAAUAUUACAUGGAUAUUGAUGAUAUGAGCGAUUACGAUACGCUUGGUGUCGAUGUUGACGACUCCAGUUUAACCGGCAGUGAGAAGUCAACUCCUCGUAAAGAACAACAAAGCAGAGAAAAUGAUCCUCCAAAUGAACAGUGCAAAAGCAAAGCACCACCAUCAGACGUUCAAACAGCAGCUGGAAAAGAUGAAAUAAGUGUUAGCAACGAACAAAUCUCACCAAAGAAAAACAAUCAUAGAAAUGCAGUCUUAAAGAAAGACGAAACGAGACGAACCGAGUCACUGAGUCAAACGCAGACAACAGAGCUUAGUGCUGCUACUUUACCAAAAGAAGAUGAUAUCCAAACUGCGCGUUCGGAAACUCUGCCAGAUAUCAGUGUUGAUGUGCAAAUGAUACAAAAGAAUGCGAGUAAAAAUAAAAUCGAUUGUGCAACAUCCAAAGAGAAAAAUAUUGCGACUAAAAGUUCGCUGAAAAAAGACGUGCCUGUUGCCGAUAAGACCAGAAAUCAGUUGAUUGUUAUAUCAAGACGGAAGCGUGUUCCGGACAAAAAAGCAGCCGGUAUGAGUUGCUCCGUCUUUUAA